AUUAAUUUAUUGACAGUCACGCUGCUUACGCAUAUGGUGUUACAACAAAGUGUUCAAUAUAUUUUUCAAUAAUAACAUAACUUUAUGUAACGCGAACUUUGACCAUGAGUCUGUAAAAUAUUGUAAGAUAUAAGAUAAAUGAAGUAGGUAACGGUUAGCUAUUUAGUGAGAUACGACUGUUAAGUGUAAAUAAGUAAAUAGUAGCUUAGUAUUGACUAAGAAUUCUGAAUACUUUGAAAAUGGCCAAACUUAUUAGACAAAUUAUUUUAUCUACUAAGGCACCUGCUCCUGUUGUACCAGUAUACAGUCAGGCCGUUUCCUUUAAUAACAUGCUCUUCCUUUCCGGUUCAUUGGGAAUUUCAAAAGAUACAAACAAACUAGUAGAAGGAGGAGCAGCAUCAGAAGCUACACAAGCAAUUGAAAACAUUAAAAAUAUCUUAGAAGCUGGUAAUUCCAAUUUGAGUCAAGUUUUGAAAACUACCAUUUACCUCAAAGAUAUCAAGGAUUAUACCGCAGUUAAUGAAGUCUACUUUAAAUACUUUAACAAGGAUCCUCCAGCAAGAACUGCAUUCCAGGUUGCUGUUCUACCAAUGAAUGCUUCAGUGGAGAUAGAAGUUAUUGCUGCCGUUGGCAACGUUGUUACUAGUCACGCUAAAUUAUAAAAAGUUAUAUUUUGAAUUAUAUUUGUAUUGAAUUUAUAUUAAAUUUAUAUUAUUGUUA